AUGACCAAACUCCCGUUGGAGAUAAGGCGAAUCAUCUAUGAAAAAGCACUGGGCGAGGUGCCAAUACAUCUUUCACUUGUCAACGGCCAGUUGAACGCCCGGCGGUGCGCUACUCGAGGUUGUGCCUGCUACCUUCAGUCCCUUUCAGUUAAACACAGACUUCACGCUGCACUUUCGCUGUUGAGGACAUGUCGCCGCAUUUACUCAGAAGCUAUCGAAUAUCUGUACAGUUCGAACAAAUUCUUCAUUUCUACGGAUAUGGAAGACUACCCUACUAUGGGCUACUUGCCGUAUUUCAUCCAACCCCAACGGAUGAAUCAAAUUACCAACCUCCGCAUUGAUUGGGACCUCGAUCGCCACGGGUUCUUUCAAGUCGAUCUCAUGCCUCAAGCGCAUCGGGAUGAGUGGAAUAGGACGUGGGAUGUGCUGGGUAGGAUGAGUGGUCUCCGGACGCUACACAUACGGCUCUUCUUCUUUCUGGAUCUCUGGCUGCAAUGCUACGGCGACUUUUGGGAGCAGAAUGGGAAAGCACUCCUUGAACCCAUCACGAAAAUGACUGCACCAAAAGACUUUGUCGUCACUCUUCCAGAUUGGAGGUGUUCUACGGAUCUCGAUGUUGGAAAAUCCAGAUGCGUCUUCCAGCUGCCAGAACGGAGUGAGGAUAGCGCUCCAUAA